AUGGCAAGCGGGAACGUGUUCGUGCUGGACUCGGCGCUAAAGAGGACCCAAAUUAAGGUCUCGCCUGGCAAGUACCUGCGUGAGGUACUGGAGGAGGCUUGCAAGGCGAGGAAAUGGGAUCCAGAGGCGUACACAUUGAAGACACAGAACAACAAGACCGUGGAUCUGUCACAACCGUUCAGGCUAUCCGGGCUGACGACAGGCGCCAAGCUCCAGCUUGUGCAGGGCAGUCGAUCACCAAGUGUGGUCAAUGUGGCAUUGCAACUACCAGAGAGUGAAGGCGGGAUCAGACUGAGCGACAAGUUCCCAAGCACGACGAGCUUAUGGCUGGUGUUGAGGAAGUACGAAGAUGCUGUCGCCGGAGGGUCAACACGGAAGCUGAACCUCACCCAAAGAGGCGUCCCAUCGAAGCAGUCUUCCGGCUCAGGACGACUGGAGUACGAGCAGCCAAUUCUGAACGUACUUGGAAGGAACCUCGAGACUUUCGCAGACCUGCAGAAGACGUUAGCCCAGCUCGGUGUGAACAACGGCAGCGUGUUGAUUCGACUGAGCUUCAGGAAUAGUGGCCAACCUCUUGAGGAGGCUAUGAAGGAGAUUGGGCAGUUCUUCAGCUCGGUAGACACAGUGCCCGCUGGAGUUGGAUCAAGCGCAUCACAAGGACCUGCCCAACAGGCUGAAGGCGCUCACGCCGCGCCUGCAGCAAACCUGCAAAGCCAAGUUGACGGUUCGGCCGACAACGCCGCUGUACCUAAGGAAGGUGAUGCAGGUCCCGAGCCAGCAGAGCCGGAUGCGACAAUGACCGAUGCACCAAUUGCGCAACCCGUACAAGACGACGUCCUCGCCACUUCAGCAGAAACCCAACCUCAACCAUCAGAACCUCCUUCAAACGUGGUCAAUGGCAUCUCCGUCUAUCGUCCGCCUUCCUCCAGAACACCUGCCGCAGCCCUUCAGCCCGACGACCCAACGGCGUUCGAGCCAAGCAUCGAACACGCAAAAGCACACCAAGCUUCACUCGAGCGUGCAGGCAAAAACACCCGCCUCUUAUCCGAAAAGGAGCUCGAAGAACAGGAGCAGGCACGUCAAGCCAAACUUGCACUCGUCAAAGACGUCACCGUCCGAGUUCGCUACCCUGAUCAAAGCAUGAUCGAGACCACCAUCCAAGCUUCAGACACCGCCGCCGACCUCUACGCCAAAGUCAUGGGCACCCUCGCACAAGCCCCUGAACCCUUCGAACUCCGCUACACCGGACCAAAAGGUCACCAAACCGUCCCCAACGUAUCGAAUCAGCGUCUGGUCCGGGAUCUCGGCUUCAAAGGCAAAGUCCUAGUCAACUUGUUAUGGGCGCCAGAUGCGUCUACGAAGGCGAGACAGGGACCGAGCUUGAAGGAGGAGUACAGAAGCAGAGCGCAGGACCUCAAGGUCGACUUGAAGGCGCGGCAGGCGGAGGGUGAGCAGGGACACAAGGCUGCUAUGGCGAAGAAGGAUGCCCCUGAGCCUUCUGCUGGUGGUGGGAAGGGGAAGGGAGAUUUGGAGGCUAAGAUGAAGAAGUUCCUGGGCUUUGGAAAGAAGUGA